GCAAAACAAACGCUUCCUGUGUUGCUUGAUCGGCAAUCUGUUUGAACAGAGUAGCCAGAGGCUGUGGGACCACUUACCAAGGGGGAAACAACCUCUUGCACAUAAUCCUGAAGAAUGACCACCAUAUAUGACUUUAUGUCUGAAGAACAGUACUAUUGCUCCAUAUGCCUGGAUGUGUUCACCUCUCCCGUCUCCCUCUCAUGCGGCCACAACUUCUGUAUGUCCUGCAUUGAAUGCUACUGGGGCAGCAGUGACCUUUGCCAGUGCCCACUGUGCAUGCAGGUCUUUAAAAACAGACCGGAACUCCGUGUAAAUACUUUUAUUGCUGAAAUGACUGAGAACUUCAAGACCAUGGGUAUCAUGUGUUUGGCGGGACCUGGGGAGGUGACCUGUGACAUAUGCACAAGAAGGAAGGUCAAGGCCAUGAAGUCCUGCUUAGUGUGUCUCACCUCGUACUGCGAGACCCACCUGGAGCCUCACAAAAGGGUGGUAACCCUGAAGGGGCACAAGCUCAUUGACCCUGUGAAUGACCUGGAAGACAGGAUGUGUAGAAAACAUGAGAGACCCUUGGAGCUGUUCUGCAGAAAGGACCAGACAUGUAUCUGUAUGCUAUGCAGUCUAAUGGACCACAAUGGACACAACACAUUGCCAGGGGAGAAAGAGUGGAAAGAGAGAAAGUUUGAGCUCGAAAAGACUGAAGCAGAAGUUCAGCAGAUGAUCCAAAACAGAAAAAAUAAAGUGAUUUUAAUAAAAGAAUCAAUCCAGCUUAGCAAGACCAACACAGACAAGGAGAUCGAGAACACUGUGCACGUGUUCACUGAUUUGGUCUUCUCCAUCAAGAAAAGCCAGGCAGAUCUUAUUGAGGUGCUGGAGGAGAAGCAAAGAGCAAUGGAGAAAAGGGCUGAAGGGGUUGUUGAGGAGCUGGAGCGGGAGAUAGCUGAGCUUGAGAAGAAAAAUGCUGAGUUGGAGCAGCUCUCUAACACUGAUGACCACAUCCACUUCCUACAGAGUUUCCCAUCUCUGUCCACCCUUCCACACACUAAGGACUGGUCUGAGGUCAUGGUCCACACCGACAUGUGUGUGGGUAGCAAACUGGAGGCUUACAAUCUGCUGGGAGAGACCAUCAACAAAGCUAUUGAUGAGCAAUUGGAGACUGAAUUUCAAAGAAUACAGAAGUAUGCAGUUGAAGUGACACUUGACCCCAACACCUCACACCCAGCUCUUAUUGUCUCAGAGGAUGGGAAGCAGGUGAGUGAUGGGACCACAGAACUGUGCGUCCCCAACAACCCAGAGAGGUUUGACUCCUGUCUGUGUGUCCUGGGUACGAAGGGCUUUGCAUGUGGACGCCAUUACUGGGAAGUGUUUGUAGGCGGAAAGACAAACUGGGACAUUGGAGUGGUCAGAGGAUCCAUCAAUCGGAAGGGCGAGCUCAUUGCGUUCCCUGAAAACGGCUUCUGGACAAUUUGGCUCAGAAAUGGGAAAGAGUUGUCUGCCAACUGCUCACCCCCUGUUGUCCUCGAACUGACAGAGAAGCCCCUGAAGGUUGGAAUCUAUGUGGAUUAUGAGGAGGGUCAGGUCUCCUUCUACGAUGUAUCUAAAAAGUGUUGCAUCUGCACGUUCACCAACUAUACCUUCACCGAGAAACUCUAUCCAAUCUUUAGUCCCUGUCUCAAUACUUCCCCUGAAAAUACCGGCCCUCUCAUUAUCACCCCCAUCAUCAAAAUAUAGUGAAUCCUAUCAUAAAAAUUGUGUGUGUAGUUAUUUAUAAAUGCACUGUCAGCAUCUAUUUGUUUAUAAGUGUGUGUGUCUACAUGAUGUUCCUGUCUAGUGCUUCUCAUUUCUCUUGCUCAAACUUUUUUCCUUCCGACAUGAAAUGUUAAUUUUUCCUCAUUUUUGUAACUGUAGAAACAGAACAGUAUUUUCUUUUUCAGUGUAAUUUACAUGUUGACUCAGGAUAAUUACAAAAUGAUGCAUGAAACACGUUGUUCUGGUCUAAAUUAUCUUUGCAGUAAAUUGGUGGCUACCUCUCUAGUCCUUUGUAUUGGACUCCUGUGAUUGAUUGAUUGAAAAGACACUUGGGUUCUGUGCAUCUGUGACUCCUAUCAUAGCAUCAUCAGCAUCCUAAGCCAUCUAAGUGUACCAAGACCAGAGGUUCAUUCUCCUGCUUCCUCCCACGUUAAUACCGUGUUGACCGCUUUCAGUAACGGUGAGGUAAAAUUCAAGACUGCAGCCAUGUGGCUAUUUAUUCUUGACUGAUAUGUACUGUGGUAAAUAUGGUGCAAGAGGCAGAGAUCACUGACUGGGUAUUUGACAGAUUCAGUCAGGAGAACAGGCCAGGGAUGUUUGAAACCCUCCCUGCGUUCACAUAGACCUCCAGGGGUCGAGUCUGAUUCUUCUGCUCUGAACCUGAGACUCUGAGUACUGGGACGCACCUCAUCAGUGUUUUAUGACCCAGGAAAACACUCCCAGCCCUUGAGAGGGAGGGUUUCGGACACAAUUUCCGUAUGACUUUGACUGAAAGACACCGAGGACCUACACGUUCUCCCUGGAAGGUCAGAUCAGUCGAAGACGAAGAACGCCUCUUCUGGUAGGGCAACAUUUUUCUCUGAAUUUGAGAACUGCUCAGAUGAAGGGGGGCUGCAAGGGUUAACGGGAUUUUCGCGUUGAUCUUCGAGUUGCUUUGCUUUCUUCCGUUGUAGUACAGAACAUGUUUAACUUGGCACGGUGUACUUUGGACUCCAGUGCUCUUAGAUUGUGGUUGCAGCGAUAAGAGCUGAAGACGAGCGGGUGUUCAUUUCCGUGAGCCGUUUUCACACAUUUUAAACCAUUACAUUGUCAAUUUGUUACCUGAGUGUAUCUGUAAUCGCCAUGAUGUGUUACAAAAUAUGCAAAACGUUCUGGGCUUUAGGUUAUUCACAAUGAUACAAUGUCGCAUAAUAAAUGUCUUUCCAAAUAACUGUGCGUUUCAUGCUGAUC